AUGAACGGUGGCAGUGGCAGCGGUGGUUCCAUGGCUGUAGCAGCCCUUCCCGACCACCGGACGAAAGCCCAACGAGGAGCAUGGAUAACCGGAGCUAGUCCAAAGCCUGGCUACCGACCAUCACCCCUCGCGCACCAGAAGAACCAACCGGAAGCCGACAGUGACGAGGACGAUCGUGGAUCGGUGCAAAGCGACGGCAAUGAGUCAUCAACCGGUGAGACGGGCAGCGAAUGCUCGGUGGAUGAGAUUCCGGUGUGGAUUAAGGGCGAGCAGCGGUGGGUGUCGGGUGUGACGGAUGACACCACGUGUGGGGAUUUGAUCGAGGUGCUGGUGCAGCAGGAACAGCAACCAGCGACCGGAAAUGGCGCACCAUCGGACGCGAAGGACUACUGCAUCACGGAACGGUGGCGCCAAGUCGAGCAGGUGCUCGACAAUGGGACGAAAAUCUGGCAGAUUUGGACCGCGUGGGGUAAAGCGCAACCCGAGGUGAAAUUCAUUCUCCGCCGAGUGGACGGCUCCCACGGACCGAUGGCAGGCACUAGCGGAGGAGCAACAGGUGGACCAACGGCCACCGGGGAGCGCGAUCGCGACAGUGGCCGCGGAAGUCCUACGGGCAGCAUCAGCAGUGCAAUAGUGCGCCGUAAGCGACACCGAGCGCAGAAAUCAACCUUCGCCUGGAUGACGCACGGUCAGACCAUCCAUCCGAAGUCGUCGAAGACGUCGAUCGAGCGGCUCAUGAAGCUGAUCCUCGAGCAAGGUGACAUCAUCCAGCAGCAGCUAUCAAAGUUGCGCGAUCGCGAGAUGCAGAUCACCAUGAUCGAGGAAGAGCGGCACCGGGUAAGGGAGCGCGAACACGGCAAGAACUACCUGUUGGAGACGUACCUGAAGGGGUUGGCAGAAGCGGCUGAUACCGACCCGAAUGCCAUCGAUAGUGGUAUCACGUCGGAAGCGACCACAACGGCAUCACCUGAGAUGGAUUUUUCACCCGAAGCUGACUCGGAUCAUGGCACCGGAAACGGUGCUGGUGAGGAUGCUUCGGUGAAGGAGCAGAUCAAGCUGCUGGAGCGCAUCGUUUCGCUGAACAAGCAGAUCCAGCGUGAGGAGGAAUCGGCCGUAAAGCUGUUCGAGAAGGUGCGCCGGUACCAGCUGGAUCAGGAUCCUCCUGAUCAGGCUCGGAUGCAGCUUGAAGAGGCGCUUGCGCAGGUGAACACCUCCAUCGAUCAGGACACGCACGAGCUGCAGCUGCUUGAUGAAGGCCUACGCCAGUCGGACGCGGUGUUGCGUGAGAAAAACGAGCUACUGCGGAGCUUAGAAGAGGCACUCACGCAUGAGGAUGCUGGACCUGGAGAUACCCAGGUCAUCAUGGACUUUUCGCAGCCUACGCCCGUGUUGCGGAUGGAUGGAAAUGGCACUGCAUUAGCGCAUCCUUCCCAGAUGACGUACGUCCCGGGAAACCCGAUACAUCAGUAUCCAUUGUACCCGAUUGCGGAGAUUCCUUCGACAGGGGCUCCAGGUCCCGUAGGUCCUGGUGAACCUGCGAAGAUCGUCAUUGCGAGUAACACACUGCCACGAAACUUUCAACGGCCAACGUUAACACCGGUCCCGAGUAGCAUGGGACACGGCACGAUGACCGUCCCACCGGAGGGCAUCUCGGUGCACCAGCUCAACAAGUUCAUCCAGUGUAGCAACAACCUGGGCACGAACUGCAACACCAACAUCGACGACAAGGUCUGUCCGAAGCAGCUGUUUCAUUCAGCUGUUUCCUCGGCCGAGUGCCAGGAUGCGAUGAAGACCCUCACGGAGGAUCUAGCCAACAUGGGCACGCUCGUUUAG